GAACUAGUCACAUGUUAUGAAGUUUAUUUUAUACUUUUAUGUAGCUGUCAUUUGAUGCAAACAUUUUCAAAGUAUAAUUUAUAUAUGUCGAAAAUCAUCAUUGUCAAAGCUCAUUGUUUCUGUUGAUCUCAAUUCGAAACUCAAGCCAUGGCUUCAAAUUUCUACACCCUUCUUCCCCUCUUCUUCAUGUUCUUCACUUUCAAAGCUUAUUCAAUUCACUUACAAAUUUCUCGUUUUAAUCCUAGUGAUGCCAACUUAAUCUACCAAGGUUCUGCAUCACCAAGUGAAGGAGAAGUUGAUUUUAACAUUAAUGAUAAGUAUACAUGUCAAGUUGGAAGAGUCAUGUAUUCCAAAAAAGUAUUACUUUGGGACUCAAAAACAGGUCAACUCACUGAUUUCACAACUCAUUACACUUUUGUAAUCGACACUCAAAAUAGUCAAACAUAUGGCCAUGGACUUGCCUUUUUCUUGGCUACUUUUGGAAUUGAAAUCCCACCUAAUUCUUCUGGCGGUUUUCUUGGCUUAUUUAACACCACAACUAUGGAUUCAUCUAGUAACCAAAUUGUUCAUGUGGAGUUUGAUUCUUACGCAAAUAGUGAAUGGGAUGAGACAACACAACAUGUUGGAAUCAAUAAUAAUUCAAUUAAAUCAUCAGUGUCAACACCUUGGAAUGCAAGUUUACAUAGUGGAGAUGUUGCUGAGGUAUGGAUUAGUUACAAUUCUACAACAAAGGAUUUGAGUGUGUCUUGGAAAUAUAAAAGCACCUCUAUUCCUCAGGAAAAAACUACUCUUUCUUAUCAAAUUGAUUUAAAGAAGGCUUUGCCUGAAUGGGUUACCAUAGGAUUUUCUGCUGCAACAGGUUACAAUGCAGAAAAACAUAAUCUUUUGUCAUGGGAAUUCAACUUCACUUUGGACAAAGAUGAUGAUAGUGAUUCAAAAGAGAGAAGAUUAGUUGUGAUAGUAACCGUCUCUUGUGGGGUUGUAGUUUUAGGAAUGGGAGCAUUAGUAGCAUAUGUAUUAUUUUGGAGGAAAAGAAAGAGAAGUAAAAAGCAAAAGGAAGAGGCUAUGCAUUUAACCUCAAUGAAUGAUGACCUUGAAAGAGGAGCAGGGCCAAGGAGGUUUACCUACAAAGAACUUGAUUUAGCUACCAAUAGCUUUUCUAAGGAUAGAAAGUUGGGUCAAGGUGGUUUUGGAGCUGUUUAUAAAGGUUACUUUGCUGAUUUAGAUUUACCUGUUGCUGUGAAGAAAAUAUCAAGAGGGUCAAGACAAGGUAAGAAAGAGUAUGUAACUGAAGUUAAAGUUAUUAGUCAGCUUAGACAUAGGAAUCUUGUGAAGUUGUUAGGUUGGUGCCAUGACAAAGGUGAGUUUCUUCUUGUUUAUGAGUUCAUGCCAAAUGGUAGUCUUGAUUCUCAUUUAUUUGGUAAAAGAACACCUCUUCCUUGGAAUGUAAGGCACAAAAUAGCUCUUGGAUUGACCUCUGGUUUGCUAUAUCUACAUGAAGAAUGGGAGAGAUGUGUGGUACAUAGAGAUAUAAAAUCAAGUAAUGUUAUGUUAGAUUCUAGUUUCAAUGUCAAACUGGGUGAUUUUGGAUUGGCUAAAUUAAUGGACCAUGAACUUGGACCUCAAACAACAGGACUGGCUGGAACAUUGGGCUAUUUGGCUCCAGAAUAUGUGAGUACAGGCAGAGCAAGCAAAGAGUCUGAUGUGUAUAGUUUUGGAAUAGUUGCCUUGGAGAUAACAACUGGAAAGAAAGCUAUUGAAGUUAUGAAGGACAAAGAUGAUGAAAAAGGAAUGAUUGAUUGGGUUUGGGAUCACUAUGGAAGAGGAGAGCUACUUGUGGCCAUGGAUGAGAAUUUGAAAACUGAUUUUGAUGAAAAACAAGUGGAGUGUUUGAUGAUUGUUGGAUUGUGGUGUGCUCACCCUGAUGUAAAUCAUAGACCAUCAAUAAGACAAGCAAUUCAGGUGCUUCAUUUUGAGGUUGCCAUGCCAAAUCUUCCAUCCAAGAGGCCUAUUGCAACCUAUCAUGCUCCUACACCAUCUACAAGCUCAGUUGAAGCUUCUAUAACCACAAGCCUUGAACAUGGACGUUAAUUGAGACUUCAUUAAUGGAAUCAAUGGGUUUAUCAAAAACUAGUGUCUUUCCACUUGUAUGAUAAUAUUUUCUUUCAUCUCAUCCUCAUUGUCAUCCAAUUGAUUAGAGGGAAACAACAUAUGAAGGUUAGCUUCUUGAUGGUAACACACCAUAUAUGCUAGUUGUGUGGUUGAUUUGAAGAAUAAAGAACAUAAUACAGUUGACUAACAUUAUGUGUCAUGAUGAACACAUCAAACUCUCUAUACCUUAUGUCCAUAUUUAUGUCAACAGUUUUUGUAUUUUGGAUCAA